AUGAAGGUGGUGCGAAGGUCGGUGGGUGCGCAACCUGGAACGAGUAGGGGAUGUGCAAUGUUGGGUCGUGUUGGAGCAUUGGAGAUGGGUGGAGCAUGCGUGGUGGCCAAGGCUAUGAGGCUGCUCGCUCGGUCACGCUUGGUGGCUUGGGCUACUUGGGGGCUAAAGGCAAUGUUUAUGGGGAGGAGAGGGAUGUAUAGGGGCUGUGUGAUGGUGCUUGGCCGUGUGAUGCGACAACAUGCUAGAGGGACAAAACCAGCCAAGCUUGUAACACUCGCCCCUACAAAACCCGCACACAUAAAACAUAGAAGCCACAAAUUUAGGCUUUGUUCAUAUAACGCCAAAGCCGAGUAA